AUGGGAAGCGGCGACCUCAACAUGAAGAAAUCCUGGUUUCCAGGCCUCAUCAAGAACCGUGCACGCGUCUGGGAGGAUCAAGAAGCAGCACGACAAGAGCGCAAACGUGCAGAACAGCUCAGAAAGGAAAUCGAACAAGAGAGACAAGCGAAUGAACUGCAAAGGCUCAGUGAGUUGGCUGGUGCGCCGAAGAAGAAGCAGCGUGUGGAGUUUUUGUAUGCCGGUGGCGGUGCAGGGUCGUCUGCUGCGAUGGAACAGGAGCGCGAAGCGUAUCUACUGGGGAAAAAGCGCAUCGAUGAUGUGCUU